UGGUUGAGUUGUUGAGGAGGCAAAUCGGGGAUGCAUGAAUUACAGCUUGUGACCGCCGGCCGGUCUCACCACCGAGUUGCUGUUCCCAUCUCCAUUGAUUGCUUGGUUCCUUUCGAUGGUUUCGCUUCAAGCACUGGGAGAGAACAAAUGUGUCCUUUCUUGUACGAGGCAUUUACGCGAACAGGUCACGGGCAGUGAAGGAGGGAUAGGUAACUCGUUCUUGUCGUGACUUGGAUCGUGUUUAACUACGAGGAUCAUGACUUACGUCGGGAUACAGUCGCGGUUAAGAAACAGUACAGAGUUAAGACUUAAAGAGUCCACCGUGGCCAAGAUUGGGUCGGGUCGGGUCCGGGUCCGGUUUAAGGUUGAUUGGGUUGGGCUGGGUUUUGUUUGAGUCUGGUCAGAUUCAAAUUAACAUGGGCUUGGGUCAGUUUCUUAAUCUCUCACGUGCAAAGCAGGUGGAGUGAUUUGGUUCAGUUUCCGAACUGUCUUCUUCCAACGCGAUCGAGGCCGUCCAUCCACCGAUGCAUAUCUCUUGGGCCGUCGUUUGGGCCGAUACGAUACCGGUUCCGAUUGGUGCGGGCACGGCGGUGUUCUCGGCUUGAGAGUGAAGGCAACGGACGAGCGGAAGAGAACCCGAGAAGUAAUGGCGACGGCGGCGGACGGCCGUCUUCAGGGCGCUAGGAGCGCCAACACCAGUAGCUUCUCGCGAGCCCGGUCGUCGCCCUCGGCGGUGCUGCCCUCGCCUCCGAACCCUGGCGUCAAACUCGGCCCUAAUGGCGCCACCUUUGUCUCAUCUGGAAUCCCAGACCUCGAUAGAAUCCUUGGGGGCGGGUUCCUUUUGGGAUCGUUGGUGAUGGUGAUGGAGGACGCUGACGCGCCCCACCAUCUCCUCCUCCUUCGGAACUUCAUGUCCCAGGGCGUUGUCCAUCGGCAGCCCGUCCUCUUCGCCAGCCCUCUGAGGGACCCGAGGGCGUUUCUUGGCACGUUGCCUUCGCCUGUCUCCUCGUCCAAGGAGCACAGGCAACGAGACACCCUUGUCGACCACAAUCAGCAAGAUCAGGAGAAGGGUUUGCGCAUAGCAUGGCAGUAUAAGAAGUAUUUCGGGGACCAGCAGUCUUCUCAGAAUCAUAACAGAGAUGUUAAGCAGGAAUUCAGCAAUGACUUUGAUCUGCGAAAGGCCCUUGAAAGACAGCAUGUCCAGUAUAUUGAAAGCAUGAGUAUUCAAGAUAUUCCACAUCUAACCAUACUCCGUGAUCGAUGUUCAAACUUUUUAUCUGGACUUCCACGGUCUGAUGGUGGCAACUUAAGUGCUGGUCGUAUUGCUAUUCAGUCAUUGUGUGCUCCACAAUGUGGUUACGCUGAAAUGGACUGGGACUUGGUUGCCUUUAUCAGGUUUCUGAGAUCAAUUAUUCGUUCUUCAAAUGUAGUUGCUGUGGUAACGUUUCCCACUUCAUUUCUUUUGCCUGCAUUUCUGAAGAGAUGGCAGCACCUGGCAGAUACAUUGUUGUCUGUCAGAGCAAUUCCAGAUGAAGAUAAGGAUAUGGCUAAACUCCUUACAGGAUACCAAGAUAUGUUAGGGCUUUUACAUGUGCACAAGGUUGCUCAGAACAAUAGCCAGGUUCCAACGGUACUAGAGGCAUCUACAUUCUCAUUAAAGCUUCAGAAGCGGAGAUCUCUGGUCUUGGAACGUCUAAAUCAAGCUCCUGUAGAGGCUUCAAGCGGCACUUCAUAUUCAACAUCUGGCACUUGUUCUGGGCCAUCAAAAGGUUCAUCUCUUGAUUUCUAGUAAGUCUUUAACUUGAAAACAUGAUGGAUGAUGGAUUUCCACAAUCGACCCAUCUCCGAUUUCCAAAGCUGUUGGUCUCACAAGGCUUCUUCAUGAGUUGCAAUCAUAGUUUGCAUGCAAUGGAGUUGGGCACCAAGAUUUUCCCUCCCUUGUUCAUUGUUAGUUUAAGCAUCUGUGCAGCACGACGGAUCUGAUGGGUCUCCCAACAAACAAGUAAAACGUAGAAGACAGACAGUAGAGGGGUCCUCAGUGUUCUCCAAUAUAAAUUUUUGUACUUCAAAAGACUUUCUCAUGUGCACAUUUUAGCAUGGUUGAUUUAGGUUAUCACUGUUCAUUAUGGCUGGAAUAGCCAGUUUUUUUUUUGUCUUUAUUUACCAUUGGAAGAUGUUCUGGUUAUUGCUUACUUUAGAUGUCCGAUGAACUUUGUGGAUGAUCCUUAAACAACCCAUCUCUCGUUCUUUUA